CAUCCACAAUCCUCGCUCAUCCUUGCAUCCCCCCGGUCCUCGUCUCUCCUCUCCCUAACCCCCUCUCCCCCCUCGUCCCCAUCUGCGUCGGGGGUUCGUUCCAGGUCAGACACACAAGCAGACCUGAACAGCCGCCAUCUCCCCAUCCCUCAUCCCUCAUCCUCCCCUCCCCCCACCUCCGUCUCUGACUCGCCCGUCAGUAUCAAGACAAUCAGCCCAGCCAGCAGCCCUUGCCCUCGAAUCGUGUGCUACCUCGUCAUCACCAACGUCUAGGCCCCAACAACUUGAGGUUUCCAUUCCUCUUUACAAUACGGCUCGCAUACAACGAGCACCACUCACCCACUCGGCGUCACACUGUCAGCCUGUCGGCAUUGGCAGCCAAAGACUUGCUUGCCCAAUCUCCAGCUCUUAGAUUCUCCUAUCGACCUUCAAGCACGGCCUAGAUCCCAGAUCAACCUGGCAGCUCACCCGCCCAGCCCCCACAAAACUCGCAGCAAUCGCUCUCGUUAGCAUGGUGUCUCUACCCAACGCUUUCGUGACGCUGCUCACCGAUUCGUCAUACCUCCCCGGUGCUCUCGUGCUGCUUCAUUCGUUGCAAGACCUUCAUCCUGCCCCACGGAGCUUCAAGAUCGUCUGUCUCGUUACCCCAGAAACGGUAGAUGCCCGCACUAUUGGUGUCCUGCGGAAUGCCGGCUAUGACCUCGUCAUUGGCGUAGAGCCUAUUGCCUCUGGAGCCUCGGGGCAACAAGGACUCCAGCUCAUGGGCCGUCCGGACCUGGACAUUGCUCUGACGAAGCUGCACAUCUUCCGACUGCAAACCCUCUUCUCCACUAUCGUGUAUCUCGACGCAGAUACCCUGCCUCUUCGCCCUCUGGAUCAGCUCUUCGAGACAACCAGCCCUCACCGGUUCUCGGCUUCACCGGACAUUGGCUGGCCUGACUGCUUUAACUCUGGUGUUAUGGUUAUCCGGCCUCAGCUGUCCGACUUCACUGCUCUUCAGGCUACUCUGGCAGCGCAUGCGGACAGCGGCAACGGUAAUGGCAGCUUUGAUGGCGCAGACCAAGGACUGUUGAAUGAGUACUUCUCCGAGGAAGGACCUGGUGGGGCCUGGAACCGUCUCCCCUUCACCUACAAUGUUACCCCCAGCGCCGCCUACCAAUACGCCCCUGCCUAUAAGCACUAUGCUCACAAGAUCAACCUGAUCCACUUCAUCGGUCCAAACAAGCCGUGGAAAUGGCUGUCGAGCAGACAGGCUCGUUCGUCCCCUCCGCCCAACACAGCAUUUGACUACGAAUCGCUGCUGGAUCGCUGGUUUGCCGUGUACGACCAACACGUCCGCCCGACCGCGGCGCAUGAGCCCAACCUCGCCAAGCGCUUCCAGGUCCCGGAGCAUGUUGCAAUCUGGAACAGCCCCGGUGCCGCUCAAGUCCCAGAUCGGUUGGACCUCGACAGCCUCAAGGAGGCAAUUCAGCAGGGCGUGACUGCCCUCAAGCCAGGGCAGUACACGUCUCUGCCUCUGGAAGGCCGUGUCGAUCUCAUUAGACCCAAGCCAGAGCCAAGAGCGGCGAUCAGCACCAACACUGGCACCAACUCUGCGAACCAGCCUGGAGAGCCAGCUGCGCCGCCCCAGAACAACCACGCCGAGCGUCCUACUCAGCCACACUCUCAUUCGCAGCCGGUGCACCACAGACCGGCACCUCAGCAGCACGGCAUUUGGGAUGCUUCUCGGUACUCGCCCCCUCGUCACAGCCAGCCGGAAAUGACGAUCCAAAUGCACGCAGUGUAUGAGCCGGCAUGGGAUCAGCCGGUCAAGUCCCACGCCACCUACUUCCAAACCUUGCCUCAAAAUGUGUACACCGAGUACCCAAGCAUCCCCCAGAACGUCCAAUCCAACGACUGGUACCACACUUUCACGUCGACCAAGCCCAGCCAGGCCAACGUGCAGCGAGUCUUCCCCUGGGAAGAUAAGGAGAAGUCCCGUGCAGCUGCCACCCGAGCCUUCCCUCAGGCCGACACCCCUACUUCGAAACGCUCUGUUGCACCCAAGCCGAAGCCUGUUAUCAUCCCAGCCACCACGUCUUCUGACAACAGUCGACCCAGCUUUUCGGAUUCUGUGGCUUCUUACAGGAAUGCCUGGGACAAUGUGGCGUCUAUCGAUCGCUAUGCUAAGCGCCUCACUGCUCUUGGCAUUGGCACGGAGCGUUUGUCGCAGUCGACGAUCCGCACAGCGGGACCCAGCCCAGGUGCGCCGGCGACCCCCACCUCUCAACGCCAUCGCCGCGGGAACAACCCAAAGGCUGGGUCAGACACGAGUCGUGACGGAGACGACGAAGCCGAGCACGUUCAGAGGAGCCACUAUCCUUCCAACGCCCUCUAUCGCGAUGGUUUUGCGCAGACGGACCGCCCCCGUGUUACACACGCUAGCGCGCAGGCCUCACCGGAAACGAGCCCCACAUUCAAGGCGGUUGAUGCGCCGAAUGUUAAGCGUCGUUCAGCGGGCUCGGACCCAAGGAGCCGCGGCCAUGGCCGCCAGUCUUCCAACGCUUUGUUCCCCACAUACAACUUCAGCCAACCACCUGUCGGAACGCAAGGAUCGUCGUCGGUUCGCGGCAGGGUUUGGAACCCAAGCACGGACCUGGACGCGAUGAGGCAGGAUUCGCAGAAAGUGCUGAGUCGGUUUGUUACUUCCGGAUCCUCGUCCACUACUUGAGCUCAAACCAGGGUUGUCGUUGGGCUGUCUAUGCAUAAGCUGUGGUCAAGA